CAAGGCUCCAAGGCCGUCGCGCCGAGUUUUUGCCAUGGCGGAACCGGCGGAACCUGGCCCAGAGAUGUCUGAGGCAAACCUGGAACGUGCUCAGGCAAGUGCACGUGGAUGUCCUACAAGGACGGUGACUUUCCAGGAGGACGUCGAGGCAUCAGAAGCCACGGAUGCAGACGCCCAUCGAGCUCGGUAUAUCUUCAGCUUAAGGUCUUUGUCCCACAGGAUGACUACCUUGAGCGGUAGGUCCAUGUGGCGAUACCCGACCACAGUGGGGCAGCUGCCAAGAUACAUGCGGAGGGCUUUUCGCAUGAAAACCUUCGGGCUGAUGAGCUUUCAGCUGCUGCUCGUGCUGGGCAUCAUGGUCUUGGUGGACUGCGUUGCGCUUCGUGCCAUGGUGCCCCCCGAUGGCAUGGACGAUAUUGUCUACAAGGUGGUCUUUUACUGCCUGGGCCUCCUGAACUUGGGGUGUGUGGUGGCGCUCCAAUGCCUCAAGGAUCGAUUCCCUUUGAACUACGCGCUGCUCGGCCUGACAACGCUCAUGUCUGGCCUGUUUUGGGGGAUGACACGCGUGUUGCAUGCGGGAGUCUCCCUGCAUUUUCAGAUCAUGGGGAUCCUGGCCUUCACCAUGUGCUUUUCCACGGUGGUGUCGGCCAUCCUCGUGAACACGGAGGAGAAGAUGAAGGGUACGCACCUGAUCUCCGGAUUGCUGGGCCUGGGCUGGUUUAUUGGCAGCUCCCUCGAUGUAGUGAUCGCUGCCAUGCUGCUCCAGAGCGAACAGAUGGAGAUCUUGGGCGCCUUAGGAUUUUCCUUCUUGCUGCUGUGCCUCCUGCUCAUCGAUGCAGGUAGCCUCCUGGUCAAAAGUUCGCCUGACGAUUUCAUGACUGUAGUGGUGGCCAUGGACUCCACCCUGCUGGUGGUGGUCAGCAUCCCGUUCUUUGUCCUGUCCUUCUGCUUCCUGCACACUGGAGAGGCCAUCAUGCAGCAUCAAGACUCAGAGCAGCCGCCUGUUGCAAUGACCGCCAUUCCAGAGGCCACGACAAGUGAGUCCUCGCGCAACAGCUGACACCUCGAUGAAUUGUGAAUCUGAUUUGUCCGAAGGAAAUCGAGGUUUUGAUGACCACAUCAGCGACCUUGGC